GCGGGCCUCAAGGGGGCGGGGCAGGCGGCCUCGCAGGCGGCUUCAGUGUGUGGGGCGCCGGUCUCCCGGCGCUCUCUUCUUCCAGCCCGGCUGGUGGUCGGCGGGUCCGGGCCUCCUCCGCGUCUCGGGCCCAAGCGGGGCCUGUGGCCAGCUCCUCGAGCCUCCAGCCCGUCCUGCCGUCCAUAUGGCCGCCAUCAAGGCCCUGCAAGAAUGGUGCCGGCAGCAGUGCGAAGGUUACCGGGACGUGAGCAUCACCAACAUGACCACCUCGUUCCGGGACGGCCUGGCCUUCUGCGCUAUCUUGCACCGACACCGGCCUGACCUUAUAAACUUCAGUGCCCUCCGGAAGGAAAACAUUUACGAGAACAACAAGCUGGCCUUUCAGGUGGCUGAGGAACAGCUGGGCAUCCCAGCCCUGCUAGACGCUGAGGACAUGGUGGCCUUGAAAGUUCCAGACCGGCUGAGCAUCCUCACCUAUGUGUCACAGUACUACAACUACUUCCACGGGCGGUCCCCAAUUGGGGGCAUGGCUGGCAUAAAGAGACCCUCAUCAGAUUCAACUGAAGAACUUUCUGGAAAGAGGAAGGACCUGUCCCAGUCUGCCAAGUUGCCCUCGCCUGCUCCAACCCAGAGGUCACCACUGUCCCCAGCUAGGACAAACCCCGUGGUUCAGAGGAACGAAGGUGGCUCAGAGAGACCAUCCCCAAAGGCUGCUCUGGGGACCACGGGCAGCUCCAUCAGCUCCAUCUGUGGGGUCUGCGGCAAACAUGUUCACCUUGUGCAGCGGCACCUGGCUGACGGGCGCCUCUACCACCGAAGCUGCUUCAGGUGUAAACAGUGUUCCAGCACGCUGCACUCAGGAGCCUAUCGUGCCACGGGAGAGCCCGGUGUCUUCCUCUGUACCCACCACAGCUCAGAAUUCACCUCUAUGAGCCCUAAGUUGUCAAACCUGGCCUCCAGGAAGCCAGGGGGCGCCGCUGCAGACACCAGGCCAGUCGGCAUCUCACAGAGGGUUUGGGAGACAAAUGGAGAGGUGACACCACUGAGAGCCAGGACAGCAGCCUGGGAACACGCUGGAGGAAACACGACUGCCAAAGGUUUUGUCCAGACGGAACUUAAGCCGCCAGCUACCUCCCGUGUCCACGUGGGGAGCCCUGCAGGGCCCAGGCUACCCACGAGUGCAGUGGCUACUACUUCUGUGAAUAGCAAAGCUAUCACCCACGUGACUAACAACUCCCCAACAGGAUGGUUAUCGCCUGCCCAAAGCGGCACAGCGAGCUUCAACUGUCGUCCAGUUGUAUCCCCAAGGGCUCAGGACACGCACCUAGCUGGGCCCCAAAGCCAGGCAGCCUCAAAAGGUGUUAAGACUCAGUUCACCUUGAGCACAGAUUCUCCGAGCACAGCAGCCACCCCGGCCUGGACCUCCUCAGCCUCUAGGACCCAGCAGGCUCGAGAGAAAUUUUUCCAGAACCUUUCCCCGGCCCAGGCCCCAGCCCCAGCCCCAGCCCCAGCCCCAGCCAGCAGGGUCUCCACUGUGGUGACUGCCUCUACCAACAGAGUGUCCACUGUGGUGACUGCCCCCACCAGCAAAGUGUCCACUGUGGUGACUGCCCCCACCAGCAGAGUCUCCACUGUGGUGACUACCCCCACCAGCAAAGUGUCCACUGUGAUGACUGCCCCCACCAGCAGAGUGUCCACUGUGGUGAAUUCCACUAAUAGCAGGGUCACAACGGUGGUGAAUGCUCCCAUCAGCAAGGCCCCCACUGUAGUGAGUGCCACAGAUGGCAGGGUGCCCACUGUGGCGAAUGCCCCCACUGGUAGGGUCCCUGCUGUGGUGAACACCGCUGCCAGCAAAGUCUCUGCUGUUGUGGAUGCCCCUGCCCAGGAGAGCAGCCGGGAGCAAGCACUGAGUGUCCUUAGGAAGGCCCUGCCGGGACUGAUAGGUGCUGGUACCCAGGCUCCAAGCAGGUCCUUCCCAGCCACUUCCUCUGUCCUGAUCACCCUUCCCAAGAAUGAAGUGCCACAAAAAGUUCCCUCAGCUAAGCCAUCGGGCUUAACCACCCAGACCUCUAGUUCCACUAUAAAGAUAGAGUCCGCAGCUCCACUGAAUGUGGGCAAUAACAAUGUAUUACUCCAGGUUGGCCAAAAGAGCCUGGGCAUCUCUCCAGGGGUUGGUAAGACCAGCGCUGGCUCCAGGCCACAAGCAGAGGUGGCAGGAGUAAAGGGUCCAGGUCCCACCUCUCAGGAAGGCCAAGAGGAGGGGCCAGAAGGAUGGAGGGCCCGGCUGAAGCCUGUGGAUAAGAAAAACCCUGCUGGGAGGUCUCUGGAGCAGAAAGAGCCAGUCCGGGCAGAGCCGAGGGCAGGGGACACUCCCGGGAAAGCCUUCAGUAGCUCUGACUCCAGCAUCCAUAUCAACUUGACUUCCAUUCAGAACAAGAGGAGACCAUGCUCGGCCAGCCUUGCAGCCCCCUCUCCCUCUCCAUCACACCGCAAGAAACUAGCUGUCCCUCCCAGCCUUGAUGUUUCUGCUGAUUGGCUCCAGCCAGAGACCAAGAAGCAGGAAGAUGAGACCAGGAGCUGUAAGGAGGAGAAGACACCCACCUGGGGGACAAGAGAGAAGUCUGCAAUCCUGGACAGUGGCCUUGCUCUGCCUGGUGAGGCUGAAACCUCCCCAGUCAGGCUCCACCCCAACUAUGUCCCUCAGGAGGAGCUGCAGAGACAGCUGCUGGACAUUGAGAGCCAACUGGACGCUCUGGAGCUCAGGGGUGUUGAGUUGGAGAAGCGGCUGCGGGCAGCUGAGGGAGAUGCUUCGGAGGAUGGCCUCAUGGUGGACUGGUUCCGGCUUAUUCAUGAGAAGCAGCUGCUGCUGAGGCUUGAAUCGGAACUUAUGUACAAGUCCAAGGACCAGCGCUUGGAGGAACAGCAGUUGGACCUCCAGGGUGAGCUGCGCAGGCUGAUGGACAAGCCAGAGGCUCUGAAGUCCCCACAAGACCGCCAGCGGGAGCAGGAGCUGCUGAGCCAAUAUGUGAACACCGUAAAUGACCGGAGUGACAUUGUUGACUUCCUGGAUGAGGAUCGGCUCCGGGAACAGGAGGAGGACCAAAUGCUGGAGAGUAUGAUCCAGAACCUGGGCCUCCAGAGAAAGAAGUCCAAGUCCUUCUUGUCCAAGAUCUGGUCCUCAAAGAGCAAAAGUGGACAGGCAUGAGCUGCACAUGACUGGCGCUGGGCCCUGGCCCUUUUCAGGAAGAGACUGGUGCUGCGGCCCCAGAAGGGAUGCUUGGGGGUACCAGGGCCCAUGCCUCCCACUCUGGGUCCUUGUAACCUCAAUAAAGACACUGACUCUCCCUCA